AUGUCACAAUCAGAGCUAACUCGUUCGAUCGUGGGAGCAAGCUUCCUGCUUCCCGUUAUCAAUGGAGCGAUGCACAUCCCACCAGCGGUAAGCGCGAUGCGAGCAACGAUUGGAGAUGAACAACCACUCGAUACCCCGAUACUUUUGCUGCUUUUUUCCCUUCACGUCCUGAUCGACGUCAUGGACAAGGCCGCAGACCUCCCCCGGCAGACGAGAAAAACCUGGCUGAGGACUAUUAUCCUCUUUGCGAGCCCUUUCAUUGCUCUUACCGUUUACGGCACAAUGCAUUGUGGAUUUUUAGCCCUCCUUCGACUGCUCGGCGUCCCCUUCUUCGCAAUCAUACAUGCGCUGCCAUUGAUCCCUGUGUACUCGCGCGAAACCAGGAGCAUCACCAGGGUCAAGCUCAAGUAUUUCCUCGGGCCAUUCAAGUCUCUCUUCGGUGCAACAUGCAUUGGGCUCAUGGACGUCACCGCAGUCGUGCUGUACCUUCGCGGGACGACGAUUUACCCGGAGACUUCCUCAGGCGUGGGGCACCUCGAAAUUUUGAUGUACACAAUCAUUUACGACUUCCUUUGGGAGUCAAUUUCUGAUGUGCGAGAUAUCGAAGAAGACGAGCGGGACAAAGUCACGACCUUAGCUACUGCAUUUGGUAUCCGCAAGACCUUGACCUUCUUGCUCGGGAGCACGAUGAUGGGCGAUUUAUCCAUCACGCUUUAUGGUGGUGGGAGUGCCGUACUAUCCGUCGUUCGAUCCACCGUCUUCUGGGGAGCUUUCAGCACUCUUGCGCUAUACAAGCGUCGUUCCGACAUGUAUGCAUGGGGUUUAGGUACCCUUGUUGGAUUACUGCCGGUAUGGCUGGCAAGUCUUGAGACACGUACAUAG